AGUAGUACUAAUUACUAGAUUACUAUGGCAAUUAUUGUUACGAGUCACUCUCCAUAAAUCAGUCUUGUCAUGUCCUGCCCCCCUGCUGACGCCAAUACUUCGUUGGCCUUGCUGACCGGGAAUGGAUGUCAAUCUCUCGCGAUUAAACAUCGCGGUUACGCAGCUCCUACUCAACGCCGGUAACUCCUCGCUCUGGUGCUGAAUUGGGGGUCUCUCUGAGAUUCAAAAACGAGGACAUGGCCGUCAAUGUGGUAUUGAAACCCACCAUCACAAAUUGCAGCGACUUCAACGUUUCGUCAGCGUGCACCUCACUGGACACAGAUGCCCGAGAUUGUUGGCAAGUAGACCCCAUUGGCUUGGGAAUAAUGGGAUUGACUUGGCGAGCGACGCCACCGUCUCACCAGAAAUCCUUGUGACUCCAGAUGACUGUUGGAAUGGCGCCGAGUUCAUGGAUCCCCUGAUUACAAUACUCUUGUACUCCUGAAACGGCACCUGGAGAUGCAUCCGGAAGAUGCUGGUAAAAAUCGUUCUGAACUUCCAAAUCAACUGGACGAGAAUGCUAUCAAGGCGUCCGAGGAUGCCAGCUAUUAUUCUAAUUUCCGGUGCGACAACAGCGGAGCGAGUGAAGGAGAACAGCAAGCUUAUCGGUACCCCGGAUGAAGAGGUGGCAGAGAUUGAGGCGAUUCUGGCGAAAGUUCACUCCGACUGGUGGACGAUCCCCCAAGAUCAUUCCGAUCAAUACUACAUAGGUUAUGAAGGUUGUCUCUCAGCUGGUUAACG